AUGUUUGAAGGUAUUGAUGAAACACCGAGCAAUGUUUGCGGUGUCAUUGGAAAUCGCUAUGUGAUUAUGGGACAUGUUGAUGAACCAGUAGAGAAGGCAUUUAUGUAUUUUCACAUACAUGACGAUUAUCCAAAGGGAGAAAAAGAAAAGCCAUUGUAUGCGAUGAUUGGACGGCAUGCCGAAUCGUACGGACCAAUCCAUAUGACCAUCAAAGUUUUAGAAACAGUUAAGGAUAGAAGUGCACACUUUCCAGAAAUUGUUCAACGUGGAAAAAUUGAAAAACUUUAUUUCGGAAGCGAAGGUGAACAAGAAGAAGAACACGACCCGGAACUUGGUGGUCGACCAUUUGUGAUCAUCAAAUAUGAUGCUACACCUGUGUCGGUGCUUUCUUUUUUAUCACCGCAGAGGACAGUACCAACUAUAUUGGCUUUAAUGAUCGGUCUUGGUUGUGUUCGUGCAUUAGCAUCACUGAAUCGUGCCGGUUUUGUACACCGUUUUGUAACGCCGUUUAAUUUUGCAAUUACAAAUCCAUUAACAAAGAAAAAUAUAUUGGAGAAGAUGAUUAUCACAGAUUUCAGUGCUGUUUUACCUUGGCCAUGCAAGCCACGCAUAUUUGUACCAUUUAUUGGAUCCUACCGGUACAGCUCUGUAAGAGCACAUUGGGGACGUGAACAAGGCCCUUCGGAUGAUAUUAUAUCAGUAAUUUAUAUGAUUGCUGAAAUGUUACAUGGAAAAUUACCAUGGCGAUCACUAAAUGAUGAUGAGGAUCGAAUUUGCUAUAUUAAAACAUAUUUUUACAAAACAAACGCUUUUAAAAAGUUGCCACGACAAUUAAGACAAAUUUAUCGAGAAAUGCUUUCAAAGACAGGUUCAGCGCCUGUUGACUUUAAAUCUGUCAUCGAACAAUUCAAAAAAGCAAUUGAUAGCAGAGAUCACAAUAAUAAGUUUCAAAUACCAGAAUGGCUUCUCUGCAAUGAAAGUAAUACUCAUUGA